AUAACUGGGCCUUGAAUUGUAUUUCUGCAUUGGAAUAAAUUGUUUUAGGUGGACGAUGGACACUUAAAUAGAAGCAAUAAUAUAGUUACACGAGCAAUGGAUGCCGUCGUUUUACAAUUGCUUUUGUUUUCGGUUUGUUUCAGUUACGCAGAUGCAUCUUGCGUAGAAUAUUAUAGGACAUCCACAGAAACAUGUGAUGGCUGGUUCGGAUGGUGGGGAUGCAAAACUGUGUAUUCACAAAGCAGCCGAUGUUGUAGCGGAUGGAGAAGUAGCUCGACAUCGAGGUUUUCGUUGUUCAGAUGCAAUUUACCACUCUGUAACCGAGGCUACGGUUCAGACACUUGCAAUAGAAUAAAUGAAGGGGAAGUGAAAUACAAAGAUGGAAAAGUUGUGCGAAAUAGUGGUGGAACAUGCUAUGCCCCAUCGCGAUGCCGAAAUUGUAACGAAGGAUACUUUCCAGUGACCUAUAGCAACGGAUAUUGCAAAGCGUGUUUCAAACCACCAAACUGUAACAAGGCCGUCUGUUCAACCUGGAGCGAUUACCGAUGUGAUUAUUGUGUCGAAGAGUACAUUAGAACUAAACCAGGAUUCAAUGUCUAUACUGGAAAACCGGAUAAUAGGCAAUGUCAAAAGGCGUGCUCAUGGACACAUGGAGCAAGAUGUUUCCCUGGAACUUGCACUGGUGAUAUGGUACUUAGCAAAGACUGUCAAUGUGCGGUCGGAUUCAAUGGUACAAACUGUGCAACGGCUACAUCUGCGAAGAAACCGACAAUUAAAGAUUUCUUCUUAACCCUGGUGGAUUCUUCAAAUCAUAAAUUUAUUGUGGAUAAAGCAUUAAAUAAAACAAAAUUCUGGACCAAAGAAACAGUUUGGGCUAAGCUAAAGCUGAAAGCUUCAUCACACUAUAAACUGGAGAUGGACAGUGCAAAGAGACCCAACUAUAUAACACAUUAUUUGAUCGGGAUCCAAGACAUGGACAUUGGUCUCAAGUUGUUAAGAGGUACGGAAGUGGCAGAAAUGUCGAUGGACGGAAGGUGUACACACUUUGCUGAAAACUGUGAUAAAGAGAUCCCGCACAAAGAUUUAAAGAGUAUAACGUCAUGGCAAAGGAUAUUUAAAGGAAACUUUAUGCAUGGGGAUAGAAUAAAAUAUAUCGUAUCUGCCAAAAACGGUGGUAAGGUGUUUUAUCAAGAUAGAAGUAAUUUUAAUGGGUCAUACACAGAAAAGCAGUAUUUUCUUAAUGGUAUUGUUACAACCGAAUUUCUUGAACUUGAAUUUGACAUUUACCCACCUGUACAUUGCUUUGAACAAAGUGAGGACUGUAAAAAAGAUGCACUAACAGCACCUGAUUUUCUUACCCAGCCGAAACUGACAGUGCAGUGGGACGGAUGGAGUGACAGUAAUUCUGGAAUAGAAGAGUAUGUGUUUUAUAUAUGCAAAUUAAAGAAGACAACUGACACUGGUCCACUUACAAAUGGGAAAAUGCUGUCUCCUAGAAAUGCCAGUUACUCAUAUAGUUCCCUCACGCUAGAUCUUGAAGAACCGGGUCCAUAUUCUAUUAAAAUUAUUACAUACGACCGGGCUAGAAACCACAAAGUUGCAAGGAGAAUAGUAUUGUUUGACAAUGCAUCUGUUGUGGAUCUUCAUGGAAAUCAAAGUAGAGUCAUUACAGGCCACAAGCAAGAAAUUGACCUAUCGUAUACUGUGGAUACGAUUGUUGUUGGAGAUAUACGCGAGGAUUACUGUAAACAUUUGAUGAUAGAUCUGUCGCCUCCAGUUAUACAAAAUUUGUGGCUGACAAAGGGAGACUUGGUCAAUAUCAGCGUUCAUAGUGUUCUGGAAUUACAGGAAUUGACAAUUGAAUGGGAAACAUUUGAUUAUCACAGUGGUAUACAUGAGGUGUCGUGGAAAAUAUUUGAUAACUUUACAAAAAAUGUGGUUGUUCAUGGUAACUCCAACGAACCACCACAAGGUGAAACAAAGGAUUUAAAGGAGUGUAAUCAAAAAUACGGUUUAUAUCCCCGAGGACCAAACUGCUACUGUUCCCCGUACAAUGGAUGCUUUCAUAGACAUUAUCAGAUCAAACCAUCAGUUUCUAACGUUAGUAAUGGAGGUUUACACUUUGGUAAAGAAAUUGGCGAUCAUGAUUAUGACUAUUAUAUCGAGGUUACUGUUGUCAACAGUGCUGGACUGUCAACAACCAAACAUAAAAAGAUAACAAUUGACACGUCGCCACCACACGAAGGCAAAGUGCAUGAUGGUAUUCCCGGAGAUCCAGAAGUUGACUUUCAGCAAUCUUUAAACCUUGAAGGACAUUGGGAUGACUUUUUUGACAAAGAAAGUGGUGUGUGGCUGUAUUCAUAUGGAUUUGGUGAAAACUGUUUGGAUGAAAUCGAUCUCAAUAUACAUUCUAAGCUAAUUGUAUCCGAGGUUAUUUUACACGAUGCUGUGACGGCAAGCGGUCUCAUCAAAAGUGAUGUUACUGAUACAGUUUAUAUUCUCAAUAGAAACAGAGAAUUGGAGGAAGUCUCUAAUCCGUCUAAAGUUUGCAGAGACCAAGCAACGACAGUCCAAGAAUCCGUCAUAAAGCUUUAUCCUCAUAAAAGGCAUUCUUACGAAACUGUAGAUGUUGUUGAAUUAAAUAACGAAUGUAAUGAGCUACAUGGUGUUCAUUCAGACUUGAUUUCUUAUAUUACAUCUGAUUCAAAGAUCGACAUAUCAUGGAAUGUAACACCUGGAGCGAGUAAUGUUCAUGAUUAUGAAGUGGGAAUAGCAUCUGAGAAUUCGAAAUUCCCAGAUGUUAUGGAUUUCACUUCAUCGCAUCAUCAUCAGCAUAUACGUAUAUUCCAUCCUGGUAUUUUUGACGGGGAACAGUUUUAUGUCAUGAUUAAAGCGAUCACUAAGUCAUCUGUUACUGACAUUAAGAUCAUCGGGCCAUUCGUUUACGACUCGUCAAAGCCAGAUUUUACCGGAGAAAUCAGCCUUUUUGUUGAGCACACAAAGACAGAUACUUAUUUGGUGGCAAAGUGGGACAAAAAUGCAUUUACAGACCAUGGGGACCCUAAUGCUCUACAGUAUGAAGCAGCCAUUGGAACAAAGAAAAAUGGAAAAGAUGUGCUUCCAUUUGGUAGAAUAUCAACUGGGGGAAGUUGUAUUUCACUAACAAGUCCAACAUGUACUGCCUUUUCAACCCACUUACUUCCAUGGCACUUAAAUGGGGAAAUUGACUACUUUGUAACAAUAAAAGUAAGAGAUACGACAGGUCACUUUGUAACGGCUUGCUCAAAGCCUUACAGACACAACAUUGAGUUAGCAUCGAGGGGUAUUGUUCAUGAUAUUGACGAAACAAUCACUCAGUUUGUUGACAUUGAUGACAUCGACUUUCAAACAAGUACCUCUAAAUUAACAGCGAGAUGGUCAGGCUUUGAGCACCCACAUGAAGAUAUAAACUUUACUGUUUGCAUUUCUAACACAACUUUCAAAGACUUCAUGACAUGUGCUUUUGUCGGUUCUGGGAAUAAACAUACAUUUCAUGGUCUUAAACUCAAACCUUAUCAGACAUAUUUCCAAACUGUUAUAGCAGAAACUGAAGCAGGAAAUAUUACGGCAGUUUCGGAUGGUGUAACAGUGGUUGAGGAAGGUGGAGAAAUAAAGGGGAUUAAAGUAUUUGAUGGUGCUCGUUGUAAUGAUUCAUUAGUUGGUGAUCUAAACCUAACUACAUCGCAUCAUGACGAGGACAAACGUUUACUAUGUACUGAGGAUAGAGAUUUCCAAACAUCAACCAAUGUGCUUCAGGCACACUGGACAAUACCAACUGGAAAAGAACAUUUCCUACAUGACAUACACUGGGCGAUAGAAGAACGAGCACCAAUUGCUAACAUAUGGAAGCUUCAUUCUGACUAUGAACCAUUGAGAACUAGCACGUCAUACAUGGAAGAAAGUGGUUUAUCAUUAUCGCCUGGUCGAACAUAUAGAAUAUCAUUGAAAUUUUGUGCCAAACAAUAUUGCUUCAAACCUGUACAUAGUAACGGUGUAACUGUUGUUCCAAAUCCCCCUGUCACUGGGAAUGUGUCUGUAACAUAUACUUUAAACUCUACAUUAAUUGACGUCAGUAUGGAACCAUUCAGAGAUUCGGAUAUGGAAGAUCUUACUCAGUCAAAAAGUGUUAUGGACCAUUAUGAAUGGACCUUUGCAGAUGAAUCUGUGUUAGGUCGACUGCUGACAAAAUGGACAAGACUUUUCAUUGAUUUUACUAUUGACCUAAAGGAAGAAAUAACUUUCACGAAAUGUUGGACUUUGAUAGUUCGAGGAUAUACAAAAGCUGGGUUGUCGGCUACAAAGUCUUCAGAAAUAAAAGACUGCAAGGAUCUACAACAAGUCAGACCUUCAGUAGUUAUAGACGCUUCCGGGGAACCGUUAACAACGGAAGAUAAACACCUUGGAAAAGAAAUUUUCUUGGAUGAAAAUGAUGUAUGGAAACAAUCGGACAGAGAUUAUACCCCGUAUAGUAACAUGCUUAGUGCAGUGUGGCCAACAUUUAGACAUUCAGAAUACACAUGGGCAGUAUUAUUAGUAAAAGUAGACGACCCAACUGUGUUUUACGACAGGUCAAAUAAGCUGAACUUGAAUGACCCAUGCAAACAUCCCGAUGCUAUUAAAUGUGGUCAAACAGAACAUGAAUUUGUCAACGUUGAAUUUAGUCCUAGAGAGCUUGCACAUGGAAGAAGAUAUAUAAUUUGUAUUCACUCUAACGCAUCUAAGAUAGAACAUGAGUUCUGGGACCAGGAAUUACAGGAAAUAGACGAAUGUAGCAAUGGAAUAACAGUUGAUCUUACACCACCAGUUGCAGCCGAUGUGUGGAUAGGAAAUGAGAAGGACGAUUUAUUUCAAACAUCAACAUCAGAACUGUCAGUGCAUUGGAAUUCGUUCAUAGAUGUUGAAGAGGAGGGAUAUGCCGCGCAUAUUAGUGGUGUAACUCACUACAAGGUCGCCUUAGGAACUACAUCAGGCGGUAUAGAUAUAAAACCGUUCACAGAUGUUGGACUAACAAAUCAUAAGACAUUCCAUGACCUUAAGCUACAAAACGGACACAUCUACUUUGCUACGGUUAUGGCUUACGAUUUUACGGGGCAGUUUUCAAGUUCGAAAUCUGAAGGCAUCAAGGUAGACACAACACCACCACAAUUAAAAAAUGCAACAAUUACUCUACCCUCAAGGCAUAUUUCUGACACAGAAUUUAUAGAGGCUUGUUGGACGGAUGUGUUUGUUGAUAUGGAAAGCGGAAUAUCACAUUAUAGUUGGGCAGUAGGUACCCAUGCGGGCUAUGACGACAUAUUUCCAUUUGAUGAUACAGAAGAAGAAUGUGCAAAGACACCAGAAAACACACCUUUGACCUUAAAAGAGGGUCAUGCAUACUUCGUUACUGUGAAGGCUCAUAACAAAGCUGGAUUGUACGCAGUAACGUCAUCAUGGGCAUUUACAGUAGAGGCAACACCACCAGUUCCUGGUAAAGUGUACGAUGGUCCACCUGGUAAAGAUGGGACAUGCAUCGAUGUUGAUUAUAUAGAAAAUCAUUCCACGUUGAAGGCUCAUUGGAAAGGCUUUCAUGACCCACACAGCACCAUGGUAGAAUAUUUUGUGAAUAUAGGAUCAUGUAAAGACUGUGAAGAUGUCUUGGUAAAACAAUCGGUCGGUAUUAAGACAGAUGUUGAGUUCACAUUUUUACAACUGUCGGAAGGACUUCAUUAUUAUGUGACUGUAACGGCGUGUAAUACAGGUGGACUUUGUUCAUCUGCGACAUCAGAUGGCUUUGUUGUAGAUUCAACUCCACCAAUACGUGGAAUAUUGACAGAUGGACCAUUAGAAACUGAGUUACAGUAUCAAGCAUCUAGGAACUACAUCGGUUGUGAGUGGGAUAGUUUUACUGAUCCACAGUCGGAUAUAUCACACUAUGUAUGGAGAGUAGGGACAACAAAAGGUGGUGACAAUAUACUACCUGCUGAAGAUGUACACAGGCAUGAAGAGGCUUUUAUUUUUGAUCUUCAGUCAGAAUAUAAAAAGACUCUACCAAAAGGGGUUCGCAUUUACUGUACUGUACGUGCUUAUAACAGAGCAGGAAUGUAUGUAGAAGCGACGUCGAAUGGUUUUAUUGUUGAUGAUAGUCCGCCAGUAUUUACAACAAAUCUUACAAUGUCACCAAUCGGGACUAUCAAAACAGGAACUUCCGUGUCAAGGACGACUCUGAGAGUUUAUUGGGAAGUCAAAGAUGAUCAGUCGUUCAUUGAAACUCAACAUCUGUCUAUUGCUUCACAUAUGGGAGGAGAUUUCAAUUUGUCUUCCACAAAAAUUGAGGGAAUUGUGAGAGAUUACACAUUCACUGACCUCGACUUCCACGAUGGAAGUUUUUAUUGCAUCAAACUGAUAUCCUGUAAUGGUGCUAAUCUAUGUUUGACAUCAAUGCUUGCAAAUAUUCUGGUAGAUAGCACUCGACCCACACCAGGAACUUUUGCCAUAAAUACUGACCAUGCAGCUGCUUUGGAUAGACAGCCUGAAGAUUGGAUGGAGUGGACAACCAUAUUUAUAAAUCUGGCUUGGCUCGGUUUUGAGGACUUGCACUCGGAUAUCCAUUCUUAUAAUGUCAACUUUGGCAGUCAGUUCAUGGACAAUGAUUUAAAUGAGGUUCCUCAUACACCAAUGAUUGUGAACCACGAUGUUAAUGCAACGUUUCAUGAAGAUGGAAAAGUUCAAACGUUCAAAUUCCAUACACAAAAGCUUAGAGAAAACAUGACAGUUUACAUAAGUGUUACAGCAAAUAAUCACGUUGGACUUUCUAGUGAAAUAGUCCACUCGCAAUUCAAUCUCUUGUUUGGAGGGAUAAUGGAGCUUGUACGUCGAUGUGACAGUUUUUCCUGUGAAGGACACUGUGUUUGUGCCCCACAUGGUAAGCUGUGUCACAGCAACAAGCAUUGUAACGAUGUCAGUGGAUCUCGUAAUAAUAAUACUCUUAUUGAAGUCGAGGACUAUCUAGAUCUACGAUUUCCAGACAACUACCCUCAUCUUUUUCAUUCGCCAUUUAAUAGUAUACUUGGUUCCAAAUGGAGAAUCAGUCAUUUAAUGGGCAACCGUCCACUUUGGUACGAGUGGAGUGUAGGUGAAAGCGACCAUGACACCCCGCUUGGUGUAUUUGAUGUGGUGAAAGAAAAGGUGUGGCAUGAAAUAGGUCAAAACAAGGACAUCGUUUUCACAGUUGAUAGAGGAAGGCCUGUGCUGUUUGAAUCUACGUCUUAUUCUGUGUUUGUUCGCGUUUGGUAUAGCAGUGAUACGUAUGCAAUCUUUAAAAGUGCCGGUGUUACAAUAUUCCACACACCACCAUUAUCGAUUGUUAUAAAGGGAAGAGCGGUCAAGGAAAUAACUCAACAGUCUAAUAAAGACGUUGAUUUCGUUACAAGAAAUACCCAGUUCCGUGCCGACUGGACAGGAAAGUUUGGAGGCGAAAUAUCAAAAUAUCAUUUGUACAUAAGCUGUCAUCCUGGAGGUCACGAUCUGCAUGAAGUAACAAAGAACUUGCAACCUCCUUUGACUAGUUAUAACAUUACCGGAUUGAAAUACGAAGAAAAUACGAAAUACUACACAAUAGUGCAGGCAUUUAAUCUAGCUGGUCUACAUACUACGGAGGUAUCUGAUGGAUUUAUGUUGGAUUUAGAACCGCCAUCUCCAGGGAUAGUCAUGGAUGGACUUGUUUUACUGGACAAGCACGCUACAAGCGACGUCAACCGUGUGCAGUCCUUCUGGCAUGGUUUCUCCGAUUCUGAAUCUGGUAUCAAAAACUAUGAAUACUGUAUAUCCUCUGGCGAUUUACCAGGGGAUUGUGAUAUUAAACCACUUUCACCGAUUGGGAUUGCUACCGACUUAGAAUUUCAUCCUGAUAUUCCAUUAGAACAUGGUGGCACUGUUCGAGGUGAGGUUCGGGCUCGUGAUGUAAUAGGACACGUCUCUGGGCUUGUUUCUUCGAAUGGAAUUAUUAUUGAUACAACAGCCCCUGUCAGGGCGAAACGUAUUCAAUGUCAGCCCAAUUCAUUAUCGGACGCAUCUUUUGAAAAUAUUGCAAACUAUGAGGAUAACACGACAAUUUGCGACAACAUAACUGAAUCACAGUGGGAUUUAUCUCAAGAUACUUGCGUUACCCUAGAGAAGUCCAAUAUGGCACAACAUGGCUCUAUCAAACUUCAUCUACAAGGCUCGAUUUUACAAAAACUUAACACCAAAAUGCAUGGCAAAUACAGACUUAUUUUCCAUACAUCUACAAUACCAUCUAAAGUAUUGCACCUAUCAGCUGUUGAGGGCUACGUUCAGGUAAAUGAUCAACGACACGUGUUCAUGAUGUAUAGUAAGCCAAAUACUGAUACAUAUGCAUGGCAGAAACAUAUUUUCUAUUUCCAUUUGGAUACUAAUACAUCCAUAGUAGAGUUUGGCACUGUUAAAUCGCAUGCCGCGUUUGCUAUAGACGGAAUUGAGUUUCAACUUUGUGAGGUUUCUGCAAAUGAAACAGACGAGGCAGAUGGACAUGUCAACAUUCAUACAGUAUUCGUUCACGAUUGGUCGUCAAUUCAUGCGGAAUGGUCAUUCAUUGACCCAGAAACGGACAUUCUUGAAUACAUGUGGGCUAUUGGUACUGUUAAAGGAGGGACUCAGUUACAGACAUUUAAAAGUGUUGGGAGACGAACGUUUGCUAGCAAUAACACUUUAAGACUGGAACAUGACACGGUGGUAUACGUUACAGUUAUUGCAAUAAAUGCUGCAGGACUUCGAACAAGAAGCUACUCAGAUCCAAUUAUGAUCGAUCUUACAAAACCUGAAUGUAAAUUUGUUAACGAUGGUCCUGUGCAAGGUCAAGAUUUUGAUUUCAUGAGAGGGCUCAAACUUGAUUUUCAUUGGGAAAUGUCCGAUCCUGAGUCUGGAUUGAAAACAUGUUAUUGGGCAUUAGGCACUUCUGCGGGAGACACAUCAAUCGAAGAUUUUGUCACAGUUAAACCUGAUCAACGGAACGCAAGUAAAACGUUUCUAGGACUUCCUAAAGAAAGGGUGUAUGUAACUAUUAGAUGUACAAAUGGGGCUGGAUUAACACACACCUGCUCAUCUGAUGGUGUUAAGCUCGUUCAGAAACCACCAUCCGUUGAUAACGUCAUAUUAGAAUUACUGACAACUUCAGCAACUCAGUACGAGCCACGUGAUCAUUACCAUGGCAACAACACUGAAAUACGGUUUAGAUGGACUGGGUUUAAGACUGAUGAUGGCGUACAAAGCUACUUGAUUGCACUUGAAGGAGACAAAUUAUCGACGUCCGAAAUAGUUGGAAGUUUAUCCUCUGACUACAGUUACGGAAGUUUCACAGGACUAAACAUGAUGGACGGAAAAUACACUGUAUCAGUAACUGGUAUUAACGAAGUUAAAAUGUACAGCCAGAAAACAUCAGACAAUUUUGAUUUAGUCACUGUUCCACCAAGUAUUACAGGAUCACCUAUUAAGACUAAUUGGGUAAAAGCGACAUCAACUGCUACCGCAUCAUGGGAAAACGUGUUUGCAUCAAAUGACCCACUAUACUAUGAAGUGUCGGCAAGGUUGUCAGAAGGUGGAGAGGGAGAUCUCGUACAGUGGCAGGAAACAGUGGAUACAAAGAUUGAAAUUGUUCUUGAUACAAAGGAAAUGGCAAGUGCAGGAGUAACUGUUCGUUUUUCUGUCACUGCAAUAUCGCAUGUAGGACUGUUUACAAUUGCUCAUGGCGACCUUUUUGUUUUGCCAUAACGAACAAGUGAUCUUGAUGUAUUAACGCUAUUUUACACUUCCAUUUAAGUAUCUUUAAUGAGCAUUUCUUUGUUUUCUUUUUUAUUUCCAAUACGCAGACUAAUUCAUAAGGUAUAUAUGCGAUAUGUGAUGUAGUUAACUAACUCUUUGUUGUUUUUUAUGUGCAUUUUUUGUUUUAAUAAACAAAACAUUUAGGAAAGACAAAUGGCAUAUGUGACAAUGUUAACUGGCUUACCUUUUUUCAAAAUAAUCAUUAAAACAUAUUAAUCACUGGUUUAAAAUUUUACUAAUCAUUUUAAGGCAUGUUUUAUUACGUAAGUGUUUGAAAUUUCUGGAACAUCAAACGAGCUUUCAUAUUUCACAGAAUACAGGUAUAGAUUAUCGUUUCCAUUUUUUUUUUGAAGAAUUAUAAUACGAGUGCUUUACUAUUUGUUGUUAUUUUCUUACUUUUGUUAUACAGUACAUGAAAAAGUGUAUUUAUGAUUUUAGAAAACCGUAUAAAUACUGAGCAACAGAAAAAACGCUUAUGUGCAGAUAUUUAACACAUCGGAAAUACUUCUGUGAACACCAUUAAAGCGCUGUUCUCCUUAACAAUUGCU